UGUGUGCAUUAUAUAUCUGGUGACAGUAUAGCUAAUGACAAAGGGCUGCACACACUGAAUUCAUGCCUUCCCUCUGUGAAUGCAAAGUUGAAAGUGGAGAUCGCAGCUCACACUUGUUUUUGGUGCUUGUUCUGGAAGAACAAGGUAAAGCAACAGAGAGAGGGAAUCAAGUCUGAGUGCGAGAAGCUGCGUCACUUUGUGAGCGAGGAGGAGCAGCGGCUUCUGCAGAGACUGGAGGAGGAGGAGAGGGAGACUCUGCGGAGCCUGGAGGCGAACGUAGCCCAACUCUCCCGGCAAAGCUCCUCUCUGCGCACGCUGAUCUCGGAGAUAGAGGAGAAGAGCCGGCAGACACCUGCUGAGCUGCUGCAGGAUGUGAGAAGGACCUUGGACAGGAGCAAGGAUGUGAAGCUUCAGGAAGCAAAAGCUGUUUCCACAGAACUGAAGACCCCGUGCAGCAUCCCAGGGAUGGUGGAAAUGCUGAGGAAAUUCAGAGUGGACGUGACUCUGGACCCAGGGACGGCUCAUCCCAACCUCGUCCUGUCUAAGGAUCGGAAACGUGUGAGACUUGGAGACAAACAACAGGCUCUACCUGACACCCUGGAGAGAUUUGAUACUUGUCCCUGUGUCCUGGGCUCGGAGGGGAUCACGGGCGGGAGGCGCUACUGGGAGGUGGAGGUGGGAGACAAGACGGACUGGGCCCUGGGCGUGUGCAGGGAGUCUGUGCGCAGGAGGGGGGAGGUCACAAUGACAACUGGCCAUGGAUACUGGGUCGUGUGGUUGCGGGAUGGGGGUUACAAGGCUUGCACCUACUCCCUGACCCCCCUACCAGUGCACUUGCGGCCCAGGAGGGUGGGGGUUUUCCUGGACUACGAGGGGGGCGAGGUCUCAUUUUACAAUGUGACCGACAGGUCCCAUCUCUUCACUUUCACUGACACCUUCUCUGGGAUCCUGUGCCCGUAUUUCUAUCCUGGUCUUAAACGUGGGGGCACCAACGCGGCUCCCCUGACCCUGUGCCCGGUCCCAGCCCAGCCCUGAGGGAAUCCCUGUCCCUGCCAUGACCCGCGGGGGGCACAGACUGUCCCCUCCCCACGCUCCGGCUGCCACCCCUCGGUGCCCCCGGGGUGGGGGCAGGGCUGGGGUCUCCAUCACAGGAGCUGCUCCAGCCUGGACCCAGCUGCUGCCCUGGCCCAGGGCUCGUCUCCCAAUCCCCCCACGCACAGCACCCCGCUGGGAGGGACCGGCUCCAAACUCUCAUCCUUCACUUCCAUAUCCUUUCAGUCUCUCGGGGUUUUACUUUGUUUGUUCACCUCUCUUAGCACUGUCCCCCUUUCCCCUCCCCUGCCCUCCCUCCAUUCACUUUUAUAUUUAAAAUAAACACCUCUGCAUUGCACACAUUUCUCUGCACACCAUUGCUCACCCUCUGAUGAGUGAGCACUUGCUCCUGAAAGCUGAUGCAUCUGGGAUUCAGUGAGUAUAGUGCGCAGGUUUGUUAUUACCCUAAAAUAGAAUAGUUUUCUGAAAGCAUACUGUUAGGUUUACAAUAAUUUGGAUUUUUAAGAAGUAUUAGCUUUACAGCUGAAUACAAGGCAUGACCUGUGGCCUAGUAAUGCAGCUGACCACAAGGCAGAAUGAUAGCUAGGCCUUUGCUUGUGUCAAGUAAUCAUUUUAACUGCAACAAGCAUUUUCUGAGUUAAAAAGUGAAUCUGUGUCUGUGUGCUAAAAAAAAUCAGCUACAGCAAGAAGUAAGAUAAGACAGAGAAACCAUUGUUUGAGCUUACUGGUUGUGUCCUUGAGAAGUAUCUUCUACUGUGUAAGGUUUUGCUAACAUAAUGUUACUGUUACUUAACUUUUAGCUUUUAAAAAGUGCUAGUUCAGCUUAAUAGAAAUAUGCUGUUAUAAAGAUUUGUAGAGCACCGCCCCAAGUAUUGCUUUUUGUUAACCAUAUAGUCUUGCUUUGUUGUAAGAAGUAUAAAAGAUCGCCUCAUCCUUGAUGGGGGGCCAUUUUGCCUUUUGCUAGCUUUAUGGUCUUUGCUCGAGCAAAUAAACAGCUGUCUUUCUUUA